AUGGCCCUAAAUCGAGCCCGCGGUGCCCUGAUGGGCCAAUUUGUCGGAGAUGCGCUCGGGUCUCGCUACGAAUUUGGCAGCCGCGAAGAAACAAUACAAAAGCUUGACACGGACAUGGCCGAGACUGGAGAGCUGGCAAUGCUGGGCGGAGGGUGCUUCAACUUACCUCCAGGAACGAUAACCGAUGACAGCGAAAUGGCACUAUCUCUCUCCGGCGUCUUAUUGGCCCAAAAUCGCUUCGAUCAAGCGAGUACGGCUGUGGCCUAUGCACGGGUACUCACGACACUUCUAUCGAACGUGGCAAAAUGGAAUGACGAAUCACAGUCUAACGGAUGUUUGAUGCGGAUCAGCCCGUUGCCUGUGUUUUAUUGGAGACGACCAUUUGAGGAAUGGGCACCAUAUAUCGCUGAAGAUGUCGCAUUGACGCAUUGCCAUCCCGUACCAGCGGUCUUGUGCGAGAUAUAUUGCCGAGCCAUUCAUCUUCUAAUUAAUGGGGAGAGUGUUGAAAAUGUUUACAGAACUUUACUUGAAUCGACGAAUAAUAACGUUGCACGCAUUCAUUUGGAAGCGGCGGCUGUUCAGCGAACCCCCGUUCGAUACGGUCCAUCGAUGGAGGUAUCGACAGAUGGCGACAAGGCCGCCAUGGGAUAUUCUGGGCUGGCUUUUCAAAUAGCUUUCCACGAGCUUCUUCACGCGCGCACCUUCAGCGAGGGUCUUCUAAAUUCGAUCCGCGUCGGCGGAGAUACGGAUACGAAUGGAUGCAUCACGGCAGCACUUCUUGGCGCUCGUUUCGGUGAGCUGGCGAUCCCCGCGUCAUGGCGUGAAGCCGUUCAACGCGCGAAUCUGAGGAUGAAGCACGAAAACGGGAUCUCGACCAUCGGAGAUAUGUUGCAACGACUCACCACGACGGCCCCGCCCGAA